AUGGAUGACGAUGUGUCGCUGUUGCCACCGAGAUUGAGGUGGAGAAUACAGUGGAAAGAGAAAAGGACGGUGGAUGAGUCGGCGGCACCGUCAGAGCAGACGAAACGUACGGCGGUGGACUCGCCAGCGGAGUUGUCGACAAUCGUGCUGGAGGUGAAAGUUCCUACGAGCAAAGAACGUGUUCCGAUAGAAAUGCACGUCAACGACACCGUUCUGAAGCUGAAGGAGAAAGUUCUUGAACAGAAAGAGAUGUGCGCCGUUGCAGUGGAGAGAGUAGUGCUGCAAUGGCAUGCAGAACACGUGGAAUUGCUGGACGAACAGUUGUGGAAGGAUUUCGUAGAUUUCGAUCAACGUGAGAUCGACGUGUACUUAAAGCCUCCGCCUCGACCGCCGCGGACGGUGAAGUUGAAGCUGUUGGUGGUGCCGGUGAACUCGAAAGAGAAGGUGGAGAUGGAUGUGAGGGCUGAGGACAAAGUGUCGGUGUUGAGGGAGUGGAUGGAGCAGGCGGCGCACCGGAUGAUUAGGUUUCGUCUUCCCACUCUCGGUCGUUAUGUUUUCAUUCACAAUGAAAGAACGAUGGACGAAAAAAUGUCGUUUCGAUGGCACCAUGUUCUGCACGGUGACACCAUUCGCAUCCUCGAUGCGAACUUGGUGAAAAAUCAGAACACCCACCAUACGUGA